UUAAAAUGUCUCUAAUUCUCUUUAGCGCCGCCCUAGUGGCUCUCUGGAGCUUUUUCAAAAAUAUAUGAAAAACAGAAAAAGAUGAGGGGGGGAAAAAAACAUAUUUUUUGUUUUAAUAUGGUUUCUGUAGGAGGACAAACAUGACACAAACAUCCCUAAUUGUUAUAAAGCACACUGUUUAUAUUAAACAUGCUUUAUCGAUUCGAGUAUUUGGCGAGCGCCGUUUUGUCCUACUCAUUUUGGCGGUCCUUGAACUCACCCUAGUUUGUUUAACUAGGGUCGGACUUUCUCUGACUUUCUAAGACGUAUUUUAUGCCACUUCUUUUUCUGUCUCAUUUUGUCCACCAAACUUAUAACGUUGUGCAUGCAUGCACAAAGGUCUUGGUCGGAGUCCAAGUCCAGUGCUGGAGCCCAGUGUGGUCAGGACCCCCGAGACCGAGGAGGGUGCAUGGAGGGGUCAAGGCCUGUAGGUCCAGGGUCCUCGGCCUGCCUUUGGUUGGGACUGGUCUCGGCAGCAGUGACCUUCCUUUGCGCGGAGUCCCGGACCACCCCGAGUCCGCCGCUCACCCCGGACAACGCCACCUGCCCGGGGAACUCCAAGUGCAGUCCCGGCAUCAUCCUGCCCAUCUGGUACCCGGAGGAUCCCUCCAUGGGGGACAAGAUCGCGCGGGUCAUUGUGUAUUUCGUGGCCAUGAUCUACAUGUUCCUGGGGGUGUCCAUCAUCGCCGACCGCUUCAUGGCGGCCAUCGAGGUCAUCACGUCGCAAGAGAAGGAGAUCGUCAUCAAGCGAGCCAACGGGGAGACCACCACCACCACCAUCCGAGUGUGGAACGAGACGGUGUCCAACCUCACCCUCAUGGCGCUGGGGUCCUCCGCCCCGGAGAUCAUGCUGUCCGUCAUCGAGGUGUGCGGACACGAGUUCAGAGCGGGCGAGCUGGGGCCGGCCACCAUCGUCGGCAGCGCCGCCUUCAACAUGUUCGUCAUCAUCGGCCUGUGCGUGUCCGUCAUCCCCCAAGGAGAGGUGCGCAAAGUCAAGCACCUGCGGGUCUUCUUCAUCACGGCCGGCUGGAGCAUCUUCGCCUACAUUUGGCUCUACAUGAUCCUGGCCGUUUUCUCCCCCAACGAGGUCCAGGUCUGGGAGGGCCUGCUCACGCUGGCCUUCUUCCCCGUCUGCGUGCUCCUGGCCUGGGUGGCCGACCGCCGCCUGCUCUUCUACAAGUUCAUGCACAAGAAGUACCGCACCGACAAGCACCGCGGCGUCAUCAUCGAGACGGAGACGGAGCGCGCCAAGGGGAUCGAGAUGGACGGCAAGAUGGUCAACUCUCACUUCAUGGACGGCGGCGGCGGUGGCGCCGGCGGCAACCUGAUGGGUCUGAUGGAGAGCAAGGAGGUGGACGAGUCCCGCCGCGACAUGAUCCGCAUCCUCAAGGACCUGAAGCAGAAGCACCCGGAGAAAGAGCUGGAGCAGCUGGUGGAGAUGGCCAACUACUACGCCCUCUCGCACCAGCAGAAGAGCCGCGCCUUCUACCGCAUUCAGGCCACGCGCAUGAUGACGGGCGCCGGCAACAUCCUGAAGAAGCACGUGGCGGAGCAGGCCAAGAAGUGCGCCAGCGUGCAGGAGGUGCACGUGGACCAGCCCGACGAGUACGUGACCCGCGUGGCCUUCGAGCCCGCCACCUACCAGUGCCUGGAGAACUGCGGCGCCGCCAUCCUCAGCAUCACCAGGAAGGGCGGCGACAUCAACAAGACCGUCUACGUGGAUUACAAGACGGAGGACGGCUCGGCCAACGCCGGCGCCGACUACGAGUUCACCGAGGGCACGGUGGUCUUCAAGCCCGGGGAGAUGGUCCGAGAAGUCAGCGUGGGCAUCAUCGACGACGACAUCUUCGAGGAGGACGAGCACUUCUUCGUGCGCCUCGGCAACCUGCGCGUGCUGGAGCCGGAGGAGGAGCUGCUUUCCGCCAACAGUCUGCCCUACCCCAAGGCGGUUUUGGGAUUCCCCGCCGUCGCCACGGUGACCAUCCUGGACGACGACCACGCCGGCAUCUUCACCUUCGAGAGCGGCUCGGCGCACAUCAGCGAGAGCAUCUGCGUCAUGGAGGUGAAGGUGCUGAGGACGUCCGGCGCCAGGGGGACGGUCAUCGUGCCGUACCGCACGCUGGAGGGCCUCGCCAAGGGGGGCGGCGAGGACUUCGAGGACACGUACGGCGAGCUGGAGUUCAAGAACGACGAGAUCUGCAAAGUCAUUCACGUGAAAAUUAUUGACGACGAAGAGUACGAGAAAAACAAGAACUUCUUCCUGGAGCUGGCCGAGCCCCGCAUGGUGGACAUGAGCCUCCAGAAAGAUGUUCCCGACAGAAAGUUGACGUCGAGCGAGGAGGAAGCGAGGCGCAUCGCCGAGAUGGGGAAGCCGGUGUUGGGCGAGCAUUCCAAGAUGGAGGUCAUCAUUGAAGAGUCCUACGAGUUUAAGAGCACAGUGGACAAACUGAUCAAGAAGACCAACCUGGCUCUGGUGGUGGGGACCAACUCUUGGAGGGAACAGUUCUUGGAGGCCAUCACCGUCAGUGCAGACGAGGAAGAGGACGACGCGGGCGAGGAGCGUCUUCCGUCCUGCUUCGACUACGUCAUGCACUUCCUGACGGUCUUCUGGAAGGUUCUGUUCGCCUGCGUGCCGCCCACAGACUACAUGAACGGCUGGGCGUGCUUCGUGGUGUCCAUCGUCAUCAUCGGCCUGCUGACGGCCGUCAUCGGCGACCUGGCGUCUCACUUCGGCUGCACCAUCGGCCUCAAGGACUCGGUCACCGCCGUGGUCUUCGUGGCGCUCGGGACGUCCGUCCCAGACACCUUCGCCAGCAAGGUGGCGGCGGUCCAGGACACGUACGCCGACGCCUCCAUCGGAAACGUGACGGGCAGCAAUGCGGUCAACGUGUUCCUGGGCAUCGGCCUGGCGUGGUCGGUGGCCGCCAUCUACUGGUACAGCAAAGGCAAGCCCUUCGUGGUGCACGCCGGCUCCCUGGCCUUCUCCGUCACGCUCUUUACUAUCUUCGCCUUCCUGGCCGUGUCAGUGCUGCUAUACCGGCGCCGCGCCCACAUUGGGGGGGAGCUGGGGGGUCCGCGCGGGCACAGACUGGCCACCUCAGGCUUCUUCUUCAGCCUGUGGUUCCUCUACAUCCUCUUCUGCAGCCUGGAGGCCUACUGUCAUAUAGACGGCUUCUAGACGCCACACUGCCGGGAGGAGGCGUGUCCUGCUCGCCCCACAGCUGCGAAGGAACCCCCCCCCCACAGAAGAUGCCAAGAGGUCCAGCGUUCCACUGGAUGAGACCACAUGGAGAGAGUCUAUAUUUUUCUCAACAUCUUGACCACAGCCACUUUUUUUAACAAAAGUAUUUUGGGGAUAAAAUGCAAAAAAAGGAACUAACCAAAAAAAAACAACCAACAACACAGUUUUCUGAGCAACGUUGUGGGAUUGACUUGUAGUAUUUUUAUUUUACUUGAUGUUUUCGCUGCAGAAACAUCACCACAGAAGAAGACAGUUCACCCUGCACUCUGUAUUAUAUAUCUAUAUCAUCAUAUAUUCACCUACUUUAUAUAUAUUUUUUGUCAAAUGUACUCACCUAAUGCUUCUUCUACACAAAAGAGAAAGGAGAGGAUCAGACUACUUCCUGGAAAAUCACUCCCCAUAAUUCUGCUCUCACUCCACUUUUCAAUCACAAAAUAUUGCUAAUAACUCGUUUUAAAUAGGUAAAUAAUACAUUCAGAAGUAUUUUUCUACUUCCAUGCACUUUUGCCGUUGAGAGAUCUAUUUAUGGAGUCGUGUUUCCCUCUCGGUGAACCGCAGCUCCCUUGGUGCCGGCAGCACUCGUGCACUCUGUCACCACCGCCAUGUUGGACUGUACAAAAUACCCUGCUACUAACUUGUGUUGCCGGAUGUUUACACAAAAAUGUUGCAUUUUUUUUUUUUGGUCUUACUUUUAAAAAUUAAGGCUGCGUUAAUUUUUCCUGCCACUUGGGGCAGCAAACACUGAAAAUAAUGUUUUAGCGACGUUAUUUCAAGCAUUUCUUCCUAAAUAUUCUGAUGGAAUAUGAAUUUCAAUGCCAAAUGACAACCGGCUUCAACAGUAAAUGCAAUAACCACAUUGAAAUGUGUUUACUUUUGAGCAUUAAAGUCUCUCAACAUGCAGUCAAAACACUUCUUUUAGCGCCCUUGCUGAAAUAAUAUUCAUAAUAAUCAUUUUACUUUCAGUUUAGUUACUUUGAGCCUGAACAAUACAACUCUGUCGAGAAUUUAUUGUUUGGAAGUCAAACAUUUCAACGAUCUUGUUUAGCAUUCCAGCUAGUAGCUAGCUGUGUGAAGUUGCCUGCCGCCCCUUAUUAUUGCAAUUUUGAAAUAAGUUUUUGGUCUAUUAUAUUUUGUAUGUCAUUGAGAUGUUAUUAUUCAUAACCAGGCAUCGUCAAAAUCUCCACAAACUUGACCAAUGUGUUUGUGCUGCAUCCAUCCAUUUUUUACCGCUUAUUCCCUUUCGGGGUCGCGGGGGGCGCUGGCGCCUAUCUCAGCUACAAUCGGGCAGAAGGCGGGGUACACCCUGGACAAGUCGCCACCUCAUCACAGGACCAACACAGAUAGACAGACAACAUUCACACUCUAGGGCCAAUUUAGUGUUGCCAAUCAACCUAUCCCCAGGUGCAUGUCUUUGGAGGUGGGAGGAAGCCGGAGUACCCGGGUGGAAACCCACGCAUUCACGGGGAGAACAUGCAAACUCCACACAGAAAGAUCCCGAGCCUGGAUUUGAACCCAGGACUGCAGGACCUUUGUAUUGUGAGGCAGACGCACUAACCCCUCUGCCACCGUGAAGCCCCCGUUUGUGCUGCAUUUACCUAUAAUAGUUCUUAUGUUACUAUUCAUACACAACUCCCACCCACCUUUGCAAAACCUCCCCCAACUUGACCUUAACGUUUGUGCUGCAAAAAGAAUUGUCAUACUCAUACAAUUUUUAUGGCAUUAACGUUUUAUAGUUAUGUUUUUUAUGUGUUAUUGUUCAUAACAAGCCUCCAAUAGCUCACCAAACUUAGUCCCAUUCAUCUGUGCAGCAAAAAAAUUAACUAUUGUAGUUUUAAUGUUAAUGAGAUGCUAUCAUUCAUAACAAGCUCCACCCCAAUCCUUCCCACUUAUGUCAAAAUCUGCCCAAACGUUUGUGCUACUUUUGCGCUGCAACAUUUUAUUUGUCCAACUAUAACAGUUUUUGUGUUUAUAAAUGUUGAUAUUCAUAACGAGCCCGGGGACCCCCAACUUUGUCAAAACCAAAGGUGUACCAUUCGAUUGUGCUUAAAAAUGUUUUGUUUUACUAUAGUAAUUUUUCUGUCAUUCACAUUUUAUUGUUAAAAUCUCCCCAAAUGUUUCCCAUUUGUUUUUGCUACGUUUGUGCUGCAAAAAUGUUUUUUGCCUAUUAUAUUUUUUAUGUGCUGGGAUAGGCUCCAGCACCACCUGCGACCCCAAAAGGGGCAAGCGCUAUAAAAUGGAUGGAUGGAUGUUAUGUUAUUGACCCUGUGAUGAGGUGGUGACUUGUCCAGGGUGUACACCGCCUUCCACCCGAAUGCAGCUGAGAUAGGCUCCAGCACCCCUGGCGACCCCGAAAGGGACAAGCGGUAUAAAAUGAAUGGAUGUAAUUGAGAUAUUAUUAUUCAAAACCAGCCCCCAUCUUGACAAAAUCUUCCCUAACUUGUGCCAAACGUUUGUGCUGAAAUUAUACUAAAUUGUUAACGUUAACGUUUUAUAGUUUUGAUGUUAUUGUUCAUAACAAGCCCCCACCCCAACACCACCACGUCAAAAUCUCCCCAAUCUUGUUCCAUUUGUUUGUGCUGCAGUUUUUUGUGUAACUACUAUAAUUUUGGUUUUAUAACGAUUUUUUAUCCAUAACCAACCACCCACUCAAACCACUAAUUUGGUUAAACUCUUACGAAAACGUUUGUGCUGGUUUUGUACUGCAAAGAUUUCUGUUUAACUGUUCUACUUUUUAUGAUAACAUUUUGUAAUGAUUUAUUUAGUCAACAUUAUAGUAUUGAAAACCAAAGUCCUCACCUUGUCAAAAUCUCCUCCAAACUUGUCCUAUGCUGUGCUGCAAAAACGUUUCUUGUCUAUUAUAUUUGAAGUUAAGGGCCUACUGAAAUUAAAUUUUCUUAUUUAAACGGGGAUAGCAGGUCCAUUCUAUGUGUCAUACUUCAUCAUUUCGCCAUAUUGUCAUAUUUUUGCUGAAAGGAUUUAGUAGAGAACAUCCACGAUAAAGUUGGCAACUUUUGGUGGCUAAUAAAAAAGCCUUGCCUGUACCGGAAGUAGCAGACGAUGUGCGCGUGACGUCACGGGUUGUGGAGCUCCUCACAUCUGAACAUUGUUUACAAUCAUGGCCACCAGCAGCGAGAGCGAUUCGGACCGAGAAAACGACGAUUUCCCCAUUAAUUUGAGCAAGGAUGAAAGAUUUGUGGAUGAGGAAAUUUAAAGACUGAAGGACUAGAAAAAAAAAAGAAAAAAGUCGAUUGCAGUGGGAGCCAUUCAGAUGUUAUUAGACACAUUUACUAGGAUAAUUCUGGAAAAUCCCUUAUCUGCCUAUUGUGUUGCCAGUGUUUUAGUGAGAUGAAGUAGUACCUGAAGUCGGAGGGGUGUGGCCAUGGGUGUGUUGACGCCAGAGUCUCUGAGGGAAGUCACGGCAGCUGAGUGGACGGUGCAAGCUCCACUGAUGUCUCCGGUAAGAGGCGAUUUAUUACCCCAAUUUUCUCUCCGAAAACUGCCGGUUGACAUGUAGUCUGGAUCCAUGUUCGCUUGACCGCUCUGAUCCAUAGUAAAGCUUCAUCUUUGGGAAUUUUAAACAAGGAAACACCGGCUGUGUUUGUGUGACUAAUGGCUAAAAGCUUUCCGACUCCAUCUUUCUACUUUGACUUCUCCAUUAUUAAUUGAACAAAUUGCAAAAGAGUCAGCAACACAGAUGUCCAGAAUACUGUUUAAUUAUGCGAUAAAAGCAGACUACUUAUAGCUCGGAUCGGGAUGGAAAAUAAUGUCCGCUACAACCCGAGACGUAAAACACACGCGUCAUCAUACGAGUCAUCAUACUACGACCUUUUCAACAGGACACUUCGCGGGAAAUUUAAAAUUGCAAUUUAGUAAACUAAAGCGGCCGUAUUGGCAUGUGUUGCAAUGUUAAUAUUUCAUCAUUGAUAUAUAAACUAUCAGACUGUGUGGUCGCUAGUAGUGGCUUUCAGUAGGCCUUUAAACUGUUCUUCUUUUUAAGUGGGCAUUUUAUAGUUAUUUAUUGAUUCAUAACCAGCGUUCUUACCUUGUCAAAAUGUCAUCCAAACUUGUGUGGUGGAAAUGUCGAGGAUUUAACCCGGGGCCUCAUCCUGCUCGUGGUAGCCAAGUUUAUGUAGUCAAAAAGUCCGAAUCUUAAACAGGGACAAUGGAGAGUUUGUUACAACAGUUUUAAUUACUCACAAUCAGAUAGUACAAAUUGGUUUGUGCGGGCAAACAGUUUUUGUCUAGCUGUUAUAGUUUUAUGUUAUAGGGCUGGUUAUGAGUAUUACCACUAUAAAAACUUCAAUAGUUGGACAAAAAAAUGCACAAAUCAACACAAACAUUUGGGACAAGGCUGGUUAGGAAUUAUGAAAUGUUAUUUACAUAAAAAACUAUAAUAGAUUGAUAAAAAAGUGUAGUAUCUUAAAGGCCUACUGAAAUGAGAUGUUCUUAUAUAAACGGGGAUAGCAGGUCCAUUCUAUGUGUCAUACUUCAUCAGUUUCGCGAUAUUGCCAUAUUUUUGCUGAAAGGAUUUAGUAGAGAACAUCCACGAUAAAGUUGGCAACUUUUGGUCGCUAAUAAAAAAGCCUUGCCUGUACCGGAAGUAGCAGAUGAUGUGCACGUGAUGUCACGGGUUGUGGAGCUCCUCACAUCUGAACAUUGUUUACAAUCAUGGCCACCAGCAGCGAGAGCGAUUCAGACCGAGAAAGCGACGAUUUCCCCAUUAAUUUGAGCAAGGAUGAAAGAUUCGCGGAGGAAAGUGAGCGUGAAGGACUAGGGCAGUGGGAGCGAUUCAGAUGUUAGACACAUUUACUAGGAUGAUUCUGGAAAAUACCUCAUCUGCUUAUUGUGUUACUACUGUUUUAGUGAGAUUAUAUGGUCGUACCUGAAAGUCGGAGGAGUGUGGCCACAGGUGUGGUGACCGCCAGUGUCUCCGAGGGAAGCCACGUUCCUCGACGAGGCAAAGCAGCCGGGCUGAGAUUUUUUUUUU